AUGGAUCUCAAUGAGAUCAAACAGAGUGACCUCUCCAAUGAGCCUAACUCGGACUUGAUUGAUAAAUCUAUGAUCGCCCAGCCUACGUUAGUCCGAUGGUACAUUGAUGUCAGACAUUGGGAUGAAAAACCUUUUGAUCUUCCUUUACUCGAAACCUUAACUCCGUCUGACCAGACAGCCGUCAAGAAGUACUACCAAACUUCGGACAAGCGCCUGUCCUUGGCCUCCCAGCUCCUGAAAUAUUACUACGUGCACCAAGCCACUGGCACUCCCUGGAGUAAGGUUAAGAUUCAGCGUACUCCCAUUCCCGAAAAUCGCCCAUUCUAUGACUCAAGUCUUGAUUUCAACGUCAGCCACCAGGCUGGUCUUACUCUGUUCGCAGGCACGCGUGCCGCAACAGCCCACUCCUUAACCGGUGAACCACAAGGCUUGCCUCGGGUAGGCAUCGACAUUGCCUGUGUCGAUGAGCCCUCUCGUCGUCGAGCUAAUCGUCCCCCGAAGACGCUUGCCGAUCUGGCCACUUUUGUGGAUGUCUUCACUGAUGUUCUCUCACCCCGUGAGCUUGCAACCAUCAAGAACCCAUACGCGACCCUCAAAUUGGCUCGUGAGCGUGGUAUCAGUAAAAGUGACCCGAGCAAAGAUAAUGAGGAGGUUCUUGCCGCCUACGGCAUUCGCUUGUUCUACUCGAUUUGGGCUCUCAAGGAGGCUUACUUGAAAAUGACCGGAGAUGGCCUUCUGGCCUCUUGGAUAAAGGAUUUGGAAUUCACAAAUGUCAUCCCCCCCGAACCCGUUCAGAAACUCGGAUUUACUGGUCAUCAUCUCCCCAAUUCUACUCUCAUUGCACCCUCAGUCCAAAAUUGGGGCCCGCCUUACUCCGAUGUCAAAAUCUCCUUAGGUGGCAUUCCCAACCAUUCCGUGCGUGUUCAGCUCGUCGGGUUCGAGUCCGACUACAUUGUCGCUACAGCUGCGUCAGGCCCCAAUAUCGGAGCCGCUCCUCCGCAGGUGGUCAUGAAUGACAACGAUCACCACCUGCCCGGGUACAUCACAGUCCUCGAUCCUGAGAAUGGAUCUCAGAACGUCCGCAUUCCUCCCCUUGCGCUUCGCACAAUUGGUGACCGGGACCCCUGGCGGGUGCACUCGGCAAUCAGCGACCCCUGGUUGCCCAUGCAAGAGGUCGAUAUUGACAUCGAUAUCCGGCUUUGCGCCGAGGGCCGCUGCGAGCACACCCGGAAACUAUAA